AUGUCCAAAAGGAAAGUCACGUUUGCGGAUGGUGACGGUGGGGCGUUGGAUCUGGACGACGAGAUCCCAAACAAAAAGCCGACAGUAGAGGUGGCGAGUGGCCCGGGCUCCAGGUUCAAGGGCAAGCAUUCACUUGACAGUGAUGAGGAAGACGAAGGGGAGGAAACCCAGAGCAGCAAAUAUGACAUUUUGGCCAGUGAUGACGUGGACGGCCAAGAGAAUGCCACCAUCGACUACGAUGAGGGCGUUUCCAUCACGCCCUUCAACCUGGAGGAGGAGAUGCAAGAGGGACACUUUGACUCAGAAGGCAACUACUUCAUCAAAAAGGAAGAGUUGAUCCGAGAUAACUGGCUCGACAACAUCGACUGGGUGAGAAUCAAAGAGCAACCAUUCAAACAAAAGAAGAAAGGACUCAGUGCCAAACGCAAGCGCAGAGCAGGAGAUGAAGAUGAGGCAGAGGAGGAGAAGAAGCGGGAGGAACAGCAGGAAAACAAGGAAGGAGGUGAAGAUGAAGAGGACGAGGAAGAAGAAGAGCCGGAGCCCGCCGAGGACCCCCUGGCCUCCCUCACGCAGCAGCAGCUCACAGAAGCCCUGGUGGAACUUUUGUUGCCGGGAGAGACGGUCACGGCAGCGCUGCGUCGGCUCGGAGGCCUCGGCGGUCGCAAGAGGGGAAAACUGCGGGAUGCCGGUGAACACGUGGCAGACAACAAGCGGGACACUGAGAAGCUGGACCGCCUCACAUCUCUUGCCGACCGGCUGGUGGCGUCGGGCGUGUACGGCAUCUACCAACAAACCCAGGAGAAGCUGGCCUACACGCUCAAGAGCAUGAGCGGCAAGCGACCCGCCAAGCAAACGCAGGAGGAAGAGGAAGACAAAGAUGAACUGGACAUGUUCGGAGAGGAGUUCGACGAGAAGCACGGCGCUGGGGACAAAGAGAAGGUUGACGAGGACAAAAGAGUGAGCGAGGAGGUGAUGUGGGAGUACAAGUGGGAGAACGAAGACAAGUCGGAGGUCUACGGACCGUUCACCAGUCAGCAGAUGCAGGACUGGGUGGACGAAGGCUACUUCAGCAGCGGCGUGUACUGCAGGCGCUUGGAUCAGGAAGGAUCACAAUUCUACAACUCCAAGCGAUUGGACUUUGAGCUCUACACGUGA